ACAGCUCUGGAGCGGCUGAAGGGCGGAAGAGCUUCUUCCCCCUGGUAUAAGUAGCGCUCUUAAUUCCCUGAAGUCAAGUUAGCGGUUACAGAGGGCCCGUUCUGGUGACCUAACAGGAGAGGCUGGGUAAACUGGGAAAUUCCUUCUGGCACAUACGUUUCAGUUUUUUCUCUGGAAAACCAGAUGAUUCACAUCCCGGCUUUUAGUAAUGUGUAGGCCUCUAGGCGGUUGCGGCGCGAAUCGGCAAAUGAGAAGCCACUAGGCCCGACAACAACCACACCCGGCUUUCCUCGACUUGCACUGGUUAACUCGCUCUGGGCGUGGGAAAAAGACGGGCUCCCAGAAGUUUCUAGAACAACGCUUCGGGGCCCUAGUUCGGGGCUGAGUCAUCAAUCCGCGCGCGUCGGGAAAGGGGCCAGGUGUCAAAGUAACUGCAGACUCUCUGAAGCAAUAUGCCAGAUAUCAAAAGCAGUGUGAGAAAUCCUUCUCUGGUUGCUCUGUGUCCCUGGAUAGUUUAUAAAGACCUGUAAAAGGAAUGAGAAGAUUCAAAUGUGUUCCUCUAAAAGCUCCAGAGUUCCCUGAACCUCUUGCCUUUUGGAGUUUGGGGAACCCAUUUGCCAUGGCAAGGUUCUCUGCUGUGACCCUCAGCUCAAGAUCAGAAGAAGGGGCGACGAAGAGACAUGGACAUAUUGGAGAUGUAUUUGGAGGCCUAACAGACACGACUUGUUCAUGAGUUAGUUGUGGGCUUGAAGGGAAACAGGCAGCAUGCAGGGGUCAGAAACUUUUGGCUUGCACCGGAGUUAUGCCUUCAGAGCUCUUACUGAAAAUAUUUUCUUACCUGGAUGCUGUGACCCUGUUAUGUAUUGGGUGUGUGAACAAGCGCUUGUAUCAUCUGGCCAGUGACAAUUUGAUUUGGAUCAGAAUCUACUCCACUGCUUUUUCACCUAAGAGGUCUAAUUGGAAAGUUAAUUCAGUGGAGAAGACAGCUGUGUCUGUGAGCCUGCUGUCAGUUAAGGAUAAAGAAGCAGGAUAUUGGAAGAAAGAAUAUAUUGCAAAACAAAUAGCAUCUGUGAAAGCAGCACUAGCUCCAAUUCUCAGACCUGUGAAUCCUUACACAGGCCUUCCUGUUAAAGUCAAAGAGGCGCUCAGAGUAUCUGGUUUGGGAUGGGUAAUUAUAUUGAAAGACAAAAACGAGAAAGAAUAUAUCAUGGAGCAUGUUGAUCUUUCCAUAAAUGAUGCAUCAGUUACUGUUGUGUGGUAUAGCAAAAACUGGCCAAGUUUAGCCACAUUGUCAACCUUAGAUUUGUGUGGUGUGACACCAGUUUUUAUGGACCAGCAUAAAGUCCCCACCAAAAAUGGACCGCGAUGGCAUUCUUUAAUUGCAAAGUACAAUCUGAGCAGUUUAACUGAAUCUACCAUGAUUGGCUGUGACGGGCUCAUUCGGAUCUUCUGCCUAAACCCGGGACUCCUGCUGGGACUAUGGAAGAUGGAGGAAGAAUUGGCUUUUGUUAUGGCACAUCUUCAUUUCCAUCAACUUAUGGAGAGGAGCACUUUAGGCUCGGCCACUGUCCCUUACGAACUGCCCCCACAUAGCCCCUUUUUGGACGAUGACCCGGAGUACGGAUUGCACGGCUACCACCUCCAUGUUGACAUGCACAGUGGUGGAGUUUCCUACCUGUGUGGUACAUUUCGCAAUCUCUUUUCCAAGAAAGGAAACAUUGAAAAUGGAUAUGUGAAGCUCAUUGUUAUAAGUUUGAAAAACAACGCACAACACCUACCUCUUAUUGGAAAAGUUGGCCUCUCUUGGAGAACUGAUAUUUUUGAGGGCUGUCUAAAGAGCUGUUAUGUAAUGGACCUUACUCUUCUGGACGAAUCUGGGAAACCGUUUUGGUGUUUCAGUUCCCCUGUUUGCAUGCGCUCUCCUCCCAGACCCUCUGAAGGUCCUAAUUUCUUGGGACAGGAAUAUUACGUUGACUACCUGGACUCAGCGGGGAAGGUGCACUUGGAGCUGGUGUGGAUCGAAGAGACAGAGGAGUACUUCAUUGUUGACCUGGCCCUCUACCUCAGUGUAGCAAAAGUCAAUCACUGGUUUGGAACAAAAUACUAAAUAUUAGCAGUAGAUGGCAAACUACUGUUGCUGUUUAUUUAUCUGUUUAUUUUUGACUAGCCUAUUUUGUUCAUACUAUUGGAAGUGAAAAUAAAAGAUAUUUGCAGUA